AAGAAGAAGAAGAUUUUAUCUUCGAACUAACAUCAUAAAAUUAACUGCAACUAAAAUAUAAACAAUAAAACAUUUCUGACUGGGGGGGUCAAAUGCACUUUAUGUAAAUAGACAGAGAGAAAGAGAGAUAGAGAGAGAGGGAGUGCGGUCAAAACUGCGAGAACAGAGAAAUUUAAUGAAAAAAUACAUUACAAUAUUUUGUGUUUGUGUUUGAGUGCGUAAGCCUAUGUGCUGUAGAGUGGAACGUAAAGCAAGUUUUGUUAUGUUCCGUAAAUAUCCAAAAUAUCGUUAAAGAAAAAAAAAAAAAAAACUGAUUCUGAUUCAUCAUCAAGAGUUAACGACAACGCCUGUUGUUGUCAUGAGUAGAGAAGACAAUAAGAAAAAUAAUUUCAAUUUUUCUUAAACACGAACAAGCAAAGCAAGACGUGUCUGUCUGUCUUGAUCUUGAAAUUCGUUUUAAAAAUAAUUUUACAAACUAUCUUUCGAUUGCUUGCAUUAAUUUGUGAACAUAAGUGUGUAUAUACAUGUGUAUAGUAUAUAGUUUGUGGCUUUGUCAUUAUAAAUCAGUAAGAGGUUGUAUUACCAAAGCUUCGAUUGCUGUAAUUCGACGAAUAAACAAUUGAUAGACAACAUUGUAUACACAUUUACAAAUUUGGCGAUGGCGUCACAAGGUGUCGCAGCCAAUUCAAAGUUGGCACAAAUGCAGAUGACAUUUCAGAGGAAGCAAUUAUUAGAACGCGAACAAAAGAAAAUUGCUUUAACAUCGGGUGACGGGCCCGCUGAAAGAACCUUGACUAAGGGACCUAUUGGUAACGGCAAGGUACGUCAAAUGUUCGAUGAUCGUCGACGUGGCGCCGGUAUUGAUCGCAGUCAUCCAUUGAAGCCAAUUACGACAACGACAACAACUACUCGAAACGUGGACACUAAUAAUAGUAGUAGCAGUAGUACAUCAUCGGCCAUGAAAUCAAUCCAAAAUGGAAAGCGUACAUUUAACAGUAUCAGAAGGAAGUCACUGAACAAUUCUAAUAAUAACAAUAAUAAUCUGAAUAGCAGCUGCACCAGUAGUUCAUCUCCCAAUCAAUUGAAGAAGAAAAGCAUAGCAAUGACCAAAUCGUAUGGUGCCCUUACAAAUAGCAGUGCGUUUGCAAUGCAAGAUUUCGACGACAUGGAUAAUUUGGAAAACGAAACAUUCCCGAAAGAAUUCAGCUCGAUGAGCUUGAAUAAUAAUCGUGUUGGUCAGAAUAGUCAAGCAUUAGGAGGAGAUCGUAAUAAUAAUAAUAAUAAUAAUAGUUUAGAACGUAAUGCCUUGAAUGGUGCGAGUGGUGGUGCCGGCAUUCAUAAACGUGUCGCUGCUGGUAAUAUUAAAUUGAAGCCAUUGACUAAAAAAUUAACCAAUACAGCACCAUCAGCAACGACGAAAACAAUAAUGCGAACGCCAAUUACCAGCAGUGGCAAUCGCGCAACAUCUACUCCUUCACGACUGUCACCUCUUAACUCACCGAAAUCCUAUAUACCUAGUAGCAGUGGCACGAGCAAUAAAGCAUUUUUGGCGACACCACCCACGAGGACCACUCACGGAACCGGAACUGGAGGACGAAAUACCGCGAGCAGUAGUAUGGCAGAUCCCGUUGAAGAAAAACCCUCAGCGUAUGAACGCAUGGGUACGUGCCGUUACUGUCAGCGGCAUUUUAAAGAGGAUCGCUUGGAUAAACAUGAGGACGUUUGCAAAAAGAUGAUUAACAGCAAACGUAAAAUAUUCAAUGCCACCGUUCAUCGCGUUAAGGGUACCGAGGCUGAGGUAUAUCUGAAAAAGGCUGAGAAGGCGCCUAGGUAUGGCAGUGCUGCAGCCGCUCAUAAUAUGAAAAUGGAACCGAACGCGGCGGUCAAAAAAAGCAAUUGGCGUAAAAAGCAUGAAGAAUUCAUAUCCGCUAUACGAGAAGCGAAAAAGGUUCAGGCUUAUCUAGCUAAGGGUGGCAAAUUAAGUGAUCUGCCUCCACCGCCACCCUCCGAGAAUCCAGACUACAUACAAUGUCCACACUGUUCGAGGCGUUUCAAUGAAGCGGCCGCAGAACGUCAUAUACCAAAGUGUGCUACAAUGAUGCAUAAUAAGCCACGGCCAGGUGCCCAAGCCGCUCAAAGAAGGCGUUAAAAUCAACUGUUGCAAAAGGAAGUUACGCUUCUUUUUUUUUUAACAAUAAUUGCAUCUAUCCUCCCAUUCUCUUUUUCCUUCCCAUUUUAUCACUUUCUUAAUAAUUAAUUUAUCUUAAAUUUUGUCUUGACAUUACAGUCAUUUAUUUUUAUAUCUACAUAUUAUUACCUUUAUUUUUUGUUCCAUAGCUGAUAUUUUAAUUUUUAAUCCAGAAUGAGUUCUCUAUUUCCAUAUAUGUGAUAAAUUUGAUAUUGUGAAUCCUUUCUUUCGAGUUUUUGAAGUUUGGAAUAAAAUUUGUAAGAUAUGUCUGGUGUGAGUGCCUAAAUA